AAUCGGCAGUAGAGACAUCAACACCUGGGCACAAUCACAAGCCUUGAGCUGAACUUAGUCUAGAACCGCGACCACUUCCAUUUCAUUGGUAUGCUAGGAACGACGACAGCAACGACUUCCACCACAACUGACGCACUAUCGACUUUGCCAAUGAGUCUAUCAUCAAGUCUGGAAACCAACUCUACACCGACAUCCUUCAAGGAGUCAGUCGAUACUCCUGACGCGGCCAUGCAACCAUUCAGGCCUGGGCAAUGCCUAUUCUGUCCGAAUCCCUCACCAAGCUUCACUGACAGCGUCAUACACAUGCGAAAAUCACACGGCCUCUUCGUUCCAUAUCAGCAACAUCUAGUAGUCGACCUCGAGACUCUUUUCAAAUAUCUGCAUCUCGUUAUUUUUGGAUACCGAGAAUGUAUACAAUGCGGAACAGGGAGAGCUACUGUACAAGCUGUACAACAGCAUAUGACCGGCAAGGGUCACUGUAAAUUUGAUAUGUCAGAACAGGACUCGGAAUUUGCCGCGUUUUACGACUUUUCCGAGCCGGAAGACGAUCCGGAGAGUGAUAUUGAGGGCGACGGCGACGGCGAUGAGGGGAACCAGGAGGAGAUGGCGACAAGCUCAAGUCGAAAGCCAGUGCUGGCUGACGAGGACUCGAUUCGUUUACCGUCGGGCAAAAUCAUAUCGAGGCAGUUAUCGGUACAAGCGGGACCGUCACUCCCUCGGUUGCGCUGUCGAACUCGGACCUUGGCAUCGCAACUAGGAUACUCCCUGGUAAAACCCGACGAGGAGAAAGGGUGUAGCAAAGAGGAGCUCGACUCGGACAUACGCGACACACUGUUAUUAUCGAGGAGGGAGAAGCGAGAAAGGGCGACGGUGACAUACCAGUUGGUAAAUAUGCGCGCGAACGACCGAAGCCACUUGAUGCACCUAUCUGCGUCUCAGCAGCGCUCGUUACUGGCGACGCAACACAAGCACGCACAAAAGGUGCAAAAAGAAGAGAGACGGAAGCAGAGCAAAAUCGAUCGAAAAGGGAACAAGAAUUUAUAUGCAUAUUGGCACACCGAAACGCCUGUCUACCAGUGUGGCUAGAUACACUGAGGGGCUGCUCUCGAUCUACUCGACGAGUGACUAGGGACUAGGGUUGAAAUAGAAUCGCACAGUCGGAUAGAAUUGCCGUGCUGAGUCUUUCAAUAGAGAAAAGUAACUACACUACUUUCGUAUCCUUUGGUAUGAGCUGGGGAUCUCAAUCAUAUGUUGCUGUCUGCAAACACUGCACCCCUGUAGGCUUUCGCAGAGUUAUCGUCGGCGGAAUGCUGCUCACGUAGCAAAAUUAAGCACGUUCCCAACCGGACUCGAUCCACUUUACGAGCGAUUGAUAGAACAGACC